UAGAGGAGGUAUCAGCUGGCGGCAGGAGGGGAGCGACGAGCGGAAGAAGAAACGGCAAACCUACGUUGCAGGCGACCAUUCCUUCACUGCCGGUGUCCUUUCACUGCUAGUCACCUGCAGAAAACGGUCCUUUCCUAUUUUUUUUUCUCCCCACGACUGAAGGUGUCCAAUAUGUCUGGGAUCUAAUAUCUCCGGAGAAACAGAGGAAUAUCAGAAUACCUUAGUGGAUGUGGACAACUAAACUGUCGACAUGGAAAAGAUAGUGAAUUUAUUCGUUUCACUUCUCCUGGUUUUAUGGGGAUGCGCGCUUGGAGGCUCGCCCAGUGUUCAGAUUGGGGGACUUUUUCCAAGGGGCGCGGAUCAAGAAUACAGCGCGUUUCGGAUAGGAAUGGUUCAGUUUGGCACCUCGGAAUUCAGACUGACGCCUCACAUUGACAAUUUGGAAGUGGCAAACAGUUUCGCUGUUACCAAUUGUUUCUGUUCACAGUUCUCUAGAGGAGUGUAUGCCAUUUUUGGAUUCUAUGACAAGAAGUCUGUAAACACCAUCACCUCGUUUUGUGGGACGCUACAUGUCUCCUUCAUAACACCCAGCUUCCCUCUGGAUGGAAGUCAUCAGUUCAUUAUCCAGAUGCGACCAGAUAUCAAGGGCCCCCUCCUCAGCCUUAUUGAGUACUACAAGUGGGACAAGUUUGCCUAUCUCUACGACAGCGAUCGAGGCCUGACAACACUGCAAAUUGUUCUGGACACCGCAGCAGAGAAAAAGUGGCAGGUAACUGCCAUUAAUGUGGGAAAUCUUAAAGAUGAGAGAAAGGAUGAGGCCUACCGCUCACUGUUCCAAGAUCUGGAGAACAAAAAAGAGAGGAGGGUGAUACUGGACUGUGAACAGGAUAAAGUGAAGGACAUUAUGGAACAGGUCAUCACAAUUGGCAGACAUGUUAAAGGCUACCACUACAUUAUAGCCAAUCUGGGUUUCAUUGAUGGAGACCUGUCCAAAAUUCAGUAUGGUGGAGCAAAUGUUUCAGGCUUUCAGAUUGUUGAUUUUGAUGAUCCCUUGGUUUCCAAAUUUGAUCAGCGAUGGGAGGCACUAGAAGAAAAAGAAUAUCCUGGAGCUGACAGCAAAAUAAGGUAUACAUCUGCGCUGACCUAUGACGCCGUUCAGGUGAUGACAGAAGCUUUUCGAUACCUUCAUAAACAACGCAUUGACUUUACCAGGAGGGCCAACACUGGUGACUGCUUGGCUAAUCCUGCUGUGCCAUGGGCUCAGGGUGUGGAGAUUGAGCGAGCACUGAAACAGGUUCGAGUGGAAGGCCUGACAGGAAACAUCCAAUUUGACCAGCAUGGCAAGAGAGUCAAUUACUCAGUGAAUAUAAUGGAAUUAAAGAGUAAUGGUCCUGUAAAAAUUGGAUACUGGAAUGAAAUGGAUAAAAUGGCUGUCACCAAAUCAGAUGUCUUUACAAAUGACACAACAGGAAUGGAAAACAAAACUGUUAUUGUGACCACCAUUUUGGAAGCUCCGUAUGUAAUGCUGAAAAAGAAUGCUGACCUUUUUGUAGACAAUGAGCGCUACGAGGGUUACUGUGUAGAUCUUGCUGCUGAGAUAGCGAAGCACUGUGGCUUCAAAUAUCAACUGAAAAUAGUGGGGGAUGGAAAAUAUGGCGCAAGAGAUGCAGAGACCAAAAUCUGGAAUGGAAUGGUUGGAGAAUUGGUAUAUGGGAAAGCAGACAUCGCAGUGGCUCCUCUGACCAUCACAUUGGUGCGAGAGGAAGUGAUUGACUUCUCCAAACCUUUCAUGUCACUGGGCAUUUCCAUCAUGAUCAAGAAGCCUCAGAAAUCCAAGCCUGGAGUUUUCUCUUUCUUGGAUCCACUGGCUUAUGAGAUUUGGAUGUGUAUAGUUUUUGCUUACAUUGGUGUCAGCGUGGUGCUGUUCCUCGUCAGCCGCUUCAGCCCCUACGAGUGGCACACUGAGGAGUAUGAGGACGGGCAGAUCCAGACCAAUGAGUCUACUAAUGAGUUUGGCAUAUUCAACAGCCUGUGGUUCUCCCUUGGAGCCUUUAUGCGACAAGGCUGUGACAUCUCUCCUAGAUCUCUGUCUGGACGCAUCGUUGGUGGCGUGUGGUGGUUUUUCACCUUAAUCAUCAUUUCUUCCUACACUGCUAACCUGGCUGCUUUUCUGACGGUUGAAAGAAUGGUUUCUCCCAUUGAAAGUGCCGAGGACCUGGCUAAACAGACUGAGAUAGCUUAUGGGACUCUGGACUCUGGCUCCACAAAAGAGUUUUUUAGGCGCUCAAAGAUUGCCCUUUUUGACAAAAUGUGGACAUACAUGCGCGGUGCAGAGCCCUCUGUGUUUGUGAAAACCACAGCAGAGGGGGUUCAGAGGGUCCGCAAGUCCAAGGGGAAGUAUGCCUACCUUCUAGAGUCCACCAUGAAUGAGUACAUCGAGCAGCGAAAGCCCUGCGACACCAUGAAGGUGGGAGGAAACCUAGACUCCAAGGGCUACGGAAUCGCCACACCGAAAGGAUCCUCAUUAAGAAAUGCGGUUAACCUCGCAGUACUAAAACUGAAUGAGCAAGGCCUGUUGGACAAAUUGAAAAACAAAUGGUGGUACGACAAAGGAGAGUGCGGCAGCGGGGGAGGUGAUUCCAAGGAGAAGACGAGCGCCCUCAGCCUGAGCAACGUGGCUGGGGUCUUCUACAUUCUGGUCGGAGGACUCGGUUUGGCCAUGCUGGUGGCCUUGAUUGAGUUCUGUUACAAGUCCAGAGCCGAGGCGAAACGAAUGAAGGUGGCAAAGAAUGCACAGAAUAUUAACCCAACUUCCUCGCAGAAUUCACAGAAUUUUGCAACUUAUAAGGAAGGUUACAACAUGACCUUUGGGGAUGCCAUGAGGAAUAAAGCAAGACUUUCCGUCACAGGGAGUACUGGGGAGAAUGGUCGGGUGAUGACUCCAGAGUUUCCUAAAGCUGUCCACGCCGUCCCUUAUGUGAGACCUGACAUGGGACUGAACGUCAGCCUGACAGAUCUGUCCUGAUCAAUGCGAAACUUCUGAGUGCCUUACAAUGGUUUCAAUAGAGCGUUUUAUUUUUUUCUUUGUUUUUCUUUUUUGUCCUCGCCUCCUUACUUUUGUUUCGGCUCUUUUCUUUUUGUCUGUGUGGUGAAAAAAGGAAAGAUAAGAGAUGGAGACUUCAUUUUGCCAAUCACAAAGACUUGUAUUGUUGCUCUCUGUCUCUAUUUCUCACCUAAUAAAACGCCUACCUUUGUGGCUGGAAUUCCAUCUCAGAAUCUUAAAGGGUGGCUUUUUUUUUUCUAAACUGGUGACACCAUGCUUUCCUGUCUAUCUGUUUGGACUGGACUGAGAUGGAAAUGAGGGCUUGAUUGAUGGCAAUGACUGCUUCUAGGAGUCAGAGAUUCAGUCAUCUCAACUGUGUUUAUGUGUGUCUGAAAAGUGAGGGGGUGUGUUCAUCAGGGGAAGAUGUCGUCAAAAACACACCGUUUCUGUAGCCACCGCCACAAAACAGGAUUUUCAAGCACACUUGAUUUCAUCUGCAUUAAGAUGUGAAAUCGUCCUUCUUUUCUAAGAAAAUCUAUUAAAAACGUUUAUUGAAAAAAAAUAUUUUUAUGUAUUUUCACAAAAUAGCUUUUAAAUAAACUUGCUUACAUACUGGUUGGAUAAAAACAUCUUAAUGUGUGAGUAUACAGAAAGAAAAAUUCUAAACAGCUUCUAGUUCGAUAUUUUUAAAGCCAAAUACAUUGCAUUAUGGGGGUGAGAUGUUAAAAUCAUGUAAUUAAUUCCUAUUCUGAACUUUCCUGUAUAUUUUAUUCUUUAACAUUUGGUGUUGAUAUGAAAUAUAUGUCAAUGCUUGGCAUUUGGAAUCAAUCCUUCUAUGUUUUUCUUGUUAGACUUGGUGCAGCAAUUUUGCUUUAUUACUUUUGUCUCUUUGUUUGCUUCAGUGCUUUUGCUAUUUGUAUUUUUUCUGAUGAGGACCGGGGUUGUUGUUCUUUCAAGAGGAGAUUAAUAUGUUUACACGCCAUGAAUAAACAACAAAAAAAAAAUAGUAUGGUAUGGUAUUAUUCCAUCACAUUUUAAAGUGACAUCAAAAAGAAGCAUCCACAUUCACAUGGUUUACGUGAUGGUUAAAAUGCCAAAUAAGUAAGAGUGCCAAAUUCUAGUGCCAGUAGAUAAAUAUAGUCUUAAUAUACUCAAUCACUGUCAUCUCAGUGAAUGUAAAUGAUUCUGAUACAUUCUGUAACUUUUGUAACUAGAUGUACAGUUGGUGGCAAUGACUAAUACAAUAGCCUUUCUGCUUUGUUUUCAAGUCUCCAUGUAUUUUGCAUUAAUCGGACAAUGGAGUAGCACAAGUUGCAUGUUGUUGCCGCAAAUACUACAUACGUUUAUUUCAUUACUGCCAAACAUGCAUUUUCAUUUCAAUGUUGAAGUUGUGAGGUUAAAUGUUUGAAAUUGGAAAUACAAUGUAAGACAUAUAUACAAUAUAUACAUAUAAACAUAUAUUUUAUAUAAAAGUUCAAAUAUGAAAAAUUGUAUCCCUUAUCAUAAGUACUUGAUUUCCUUUUGCAGUACUUGCAAUGCUACAUUUAAUUGUUUUAAUGAUACAAUAUUACUUUUUAGUUGUCCAGACUCACCAUGAGUUAGAUACACAGGUUAUGCAGAUGAGCACAUCUAUUUAUAAGAUUUUUUCCCCCCACUUUCAAAUAGAUCUAUAACAAACCCCCUCCUGCACACAGCAGGGAGAUGAACUAUACUAUUAUUAUUACCACUGUUUUUGUUAUCAAGUAUAGAAGCAUACGGUAUACCAUAGUCGCUAAUCAAUUUCAUUGCAUAUUCAGGCUAUUUCACAGACAUUUUGUAUAUGGAAUGUGUGCUAACUUGUUUAUUUUUUGGGACUCUUUCUAAAUAAAAAGUGGCUGAUC